CAUAGCCUCAAUUAUCAAGUAGAAGUAGUUAUUGGUUAUAAUGUCGGCAAAAGCAAUCAAUGAAAUCACCGCAAAGACCAUUUUGUGUAAAAACAUUGGUGAUGACAUUAAUUUGAGCAACCGACUGCGAUUUGCAUCGGUUGAUCGUUGCAUAAAUUGGGAUGAACUGGCAGUGAAACAUCCUUGGCUGCUAACUGAGAAAUUGAUUGUGAAGCCGGACCAAUUGAUUAAACGUAGAGGAAAGCUGGGUUUGAUUAAAAUCAACACAGAUUAUGCUGGUGUACAACAAUGGGUUGGAGAACGUAUGCUAAAGGAAAUCAGCAUUGGUGAAACAAAGGGGAUUUUAAAACAUUUCAUUAUUGAGCCUUUUGUUGCACAUAAGCAGGAAGAAGAGUUUUACAUCUGCAUCCACUCUUCCAGGGAGGAGGACACCAUCCUCUUCCACCACGAGGGAGGAGUGGACAUUGGAGAUGUGGACGCAAAAGCCAACAAACUCCAUAUACUGACUGGAGAAAAAGCAGACUCCACUAAAAUAACAACUGCGCUGCUUAAAAGCGUGAGCAGAGAAAAUCAAAGAUUGCUGGAGCCAUUUAUCUUGUCUUUAUACGAGUUCUACACUUCCCUCCACUUUACUUACUUAGAAAUCAAUCCCUUGGUUGUAAAUGAUGGCAAAAUCUAUGUUCUUGAUCUGGCUGCCAAAUUAGAUCAGUGUGCUGAAUUUGUGUGUGCUCGAACAUGGGGUCCUGUAGAAUUCCCCCCUCCCUUUGGUCGUGAGGCUUACCCAGAGGAAGCCUACAUUGCCGAUCUUGAUGCUAAAAGUGGUGCUUCGCUCAAACUUACCAUACUUAACCCUAAUGGCAGAAUAUGGACCAUGGUUGCUGGUGGAGGUGCUUCAGUAGUGUACAGUGAUACGAUAUGUGACCUUGGUGGGGCAUCAGAGCUUGCCAACUAUGGUGAAUAUAGUGGAGCACCCAGUGAGCAGCAAACGUACGAUUACGCUCGUACUAUCCUCUCUUUAAUGACGAGGACUCCCAGGGAUGAUGGUAAAGUCCUCAUCAUUGGAGGAGGGAUCGCAAACUUCACAAAUGUGGCAGCAACAUUUAAGGGUAUUGUUCGUGCAUUGAAACAAUUCCAAGCUUCACUUCGAAGCAAUAAGGUCUCGAUCUUCGUCAGAAGAGGAGGACCUAACUAUCAGGAGGGAUUGAGAGUGAUGCGAGAAGUUGGUCAGCACCUUGGGGUACCAGUGCAUGUCUUUGGCACCGAAACACACAUGACAGCUAUAGUAGGAAUGGCACUCGGUAAAACUCCAAUUCCCGACCAACAACCUAAUGAUCCCGGACACACGGCUAACUUUUUGCUUGGCGCAAGUUCAAAUUAUGCUGGUGGUACACCACGUACUUCUCGAACCAGUUCGUUUGCUGAUAAUCCACAAGCUAACGGAGAUGCUGCCCAAGCUUUGAAUGGAACAAGUGUUCUACAAGAAGCUGCUAAACGUGCAGCUCAUAGACCCAUGUUCACAAAUAAAACGCGUUGUAUUAUAUGGGGUUUACAAUCUCGGGCUGUUCAAGGAAUGAUGGAUUUCGAUUUUGUUUGUUCUCGUAAAACACCAUCGGUUGCUGCCAUGGUUUACCCAUUCAGCGGUGACCACAAACAGAAGUACUGGGGGCACAAGGAGAUUCUAAUCCCUGUGUACAAGAACAUGAGUGAUGCCAUGCAUAAACAUUCGGAUGCCGAUGUGAUGAUCAGUUUUGCAUCACUGAGAUCGGCAGAGGAAAGCACGAUUGACACGCUGCAAUACCAACAGAUCAGAACCAUUGCUAUCAUUGCUGAAGGUAUACCAGAAGCAACAACCAAGAAGUUGAACAAGUUGGCUCGUGAAAAAAAUGUCUCUAUUAUUGGACCUGCAACUGUUGGUGGCAUAAAACCUGGUUGUUUUAAAAUCGGCAACACUGGUGGAAUGAUGGACAACAUUUUGGCCUCGAAACUUUACCGACCUGGUAGUGUGGCUUAUGUGUCAAGAUCCGGGGGUAUGUCAAACGAACUGAACAACAUUAUAUCACGAACCACUAAUGGUGUAUGUGAGGGAGUGGCCAUAGGCGGAGACAGAUACCCGGGCACUACAUUCAUGGAUCAUAUCUUGCGUUACCAGAAUGACGCAAACGUUAAAAUGAUCGUUGUGUUGGGAGAAGUUGGUGGAACAGAGGAAUAUGAUAUUUGUGAUGCAAUAAAGUCUGCUACAAUCACUAAACCUGUGAUUGCUUGGUGUAUUGGUACAUGCGCUACAAUGUUCACGUCAGAAGUUCAGUUCGGCCACGCCGGUGCGUGCGCUAACCAAGCUAGUGAAACUGCAGCAGCAAAAAACAAAGCUCUUGCAGCAGCUGGUGCUCAUGUUCCAUGCAGUUUCAAUGAACUCAACACUAAAAUAAGGGAAGUUUACAACAAUCUUGUUGACCUUGGUGUGGUCGUCGUGCAAGAAGAUGUUCCCCCUCCUACUGUUCCUAUGGAUUAUUCAUGGGCAAGGGAAUUAGGUUUGAUCCGGAAGCCCGCAUCCUUCAUGUCGAGCAUCUCCGAUGAAAGAGGACAAGAGUUACUUUAUGCUGGGAUGCCGAUCUCGCAAGUCUUUAAAGAUGAUCUUGGUAUAGGCGGAGUGCUUGGACUUUUAUGGUUUCAAAAACGGCUACCUACUUAUGCUUGCGUUUUUCGAACAUUGUUUGAUGAUGACAGGAUCAUGGACCUGCAGUAUCAAGGUGCCCACAACACCAUUGUAUGUGCUAGAGCUGGAAAAGACCUCAUUUCUUGCCUAACUUCAGGUCUUCUGACAAUUGGUGAUAGGUUUGGUGGAGCAUUAGAUGGUGCAGCUCGACAGUUCAGUGCUGCUUAUGAUAAAGGUUUGCUGCCAAGUGAGUUUGUAAACGAGAUGAGGAAAAAACAUCAACUGAUCAUGGGUAUUGGACAUCGUGUGAAAUCAUUGAACAACCCUGACCAAAGAGUUGUUAUAUUGAAAGAAUUUGUGAAGUCAAAUUUCCCGUCAACCCCGUUGCUCGACUAUGCGUUGGAGGUCGAGAAGGUUACAACUGCUAAGAAACCGAAUCUGAUCCUUAACGUGGAUGGUUUCAUCGGAGUUACAUUCGUUGAUCUUCUAAGAGGAUGUGGAUGUUUCACUGAGGAGGAAGCAAGAGAAUAUGUCCAGAUUGGCGCUCUUAACGGUGUCUUUGUUCUUGGAAGGUCCAUGGGUUUCAUCGGGCACUAUCUCGAUCAAUUACGUCUCAAACAAGGUCUCUACCGCCACCCCUGGGAUGACAUAAGUUACGUGUUGCCAGAAGAUUAUUCGUCAUAAUCUUCCAGCUUAAAAAAAUGUAUUUUUGUAUUAAAAUGGUCAUCACUGGCUUCCAAAGUUAUCCCUGUGCCAACAUUAAAAUCUAUGUGCUGUAAAAAAGCGGUUUAUACCAGUUGAUAUAGGAACUCUAGCUUUUCUUUAAAUAUAUCCCUGUAUUUAUCUCUGUGGUAAUUACAUAGCAUGCAAUUGUAUGGUAGCACUUUUUUAUUUUUAUUCUGUUGCUAAAAACACUUAUUCUCGCUGGUGACUUUACACAGUUUGUAUAUUUCCCAAAACUGUUUUGCUUUGCACGUUUGGGCAUGGUGUGGAAAUUGUAAACUUGUAUAUAUCAAAUACUAUUCAAAUUUCACGUCUGUCAGUACCAAAAGUAUUUGCUAAAUUAUCUUUUAACAAAAUAGUUCAGUUUAAAUGGAUGUCUUCAAAAGUUUGUUCAUUUUUCACUGUUUUUGUUUCUUUUUCUCGUUCCACUAAACAGUAAUCUGCUUUUAAGUUACUAAAUAAUUUGUUCCUAUUACUGUAGCAAUUACCAAGGUACAACAACAACAGUUAUUCAUUCCAACAGUAGCUAUGCGCGGUGUGCAGUAAUAUUGUAUAUUAUAUGUUUUAAGUAUACUCAGUUCGUGCUUACUUUAAUAGAUUGAAGUUAUUUACAAAAAAAAUUGCACAUUUUC